CCGCAACCUCCCCGUCCACCUCUCCGUCUCAGCACACAAGAUGCUAAAGUCCCAGAAGACCGCAAAGGACCGGAGUCUCAUGUUCUCCUGAUGUGCUUGACUGUAGGUACCGGAGCUGGCAUCUACGGCGUAUAAAAAUGCUGAACGGCGUUUGGUUGCUCAGCGUGUUAACCGUGGCCGGGAUCUCGCAGACGGAGUGCCGCAAAACUGCCAAAGACAUUUGCAAGAUCCGCUGCCUGUGCGAAGAGAAGGAAAACGUUCUGAAUAUCAAUUGCGAAAACAAAGGAUUUACAAGCGUCAGCCUGCUCCAGCCCCCCCAGUACCGCAUCUACCAGCUUUUCCUCAAUGGGAACUUACUGACCAGACUCCAUCCCAAUGAGUUCGUCAACUACUCCAACGCCGUGACUCUCCACCUGGGAAAUAACGAGCUGCGGGAGAUCGGGACCGGGGCGUUCAGUGGGCUCAAGACCCUCAAGAGGCUGCACCUCAACAACAACAAGCUGGAGGUUUUGCGAGAGGACACGUUUCUGGGCUUAGACAGUUUAGAAUACCUCCAAGCAGAUUACAACUACAUCAGCGCCAUCGAGGCGGGAGCUUUCAGCAAACUAAAUAAACUGAAAGUCCUGAUCCUUAAUGACAACCUCCUGCUGGCCCUCCCCAACAACGUGUUUCGUUUCGUUCUGCUGACCCACUUAGACCUGAGGGGGAACAGGCUGAAAAUGAUGCCUUUUGCCGGCGUCCUGGAACACAUUGGCGGCAUCAUGGAGAUCCAGCUGGAAGAAAAUCCCUGGAACUGUACUUGCGACCUCCUUCCCCUGAAGGCCUGGCUAGACACCAUCACCGUCUUCGUGGGGGAGAUCGUCUGCGAAACCCCGUUUCGGCUGCACGGCAAAGACGUGACCCAGUUGACCAGGCAGGACCUCUGCCCCAGGAGAAGCGUCGGCGACUCCGGUCAGAGGGGGAACCGUCCCCCCUCUCCCGAUUCCCACGUCCAGAGGAUGUCGCCCACCGUUAACCCGGCCCUCACCCCGACCAGGGCUCCGAAAGCCAGCCGGCCGCCCAAGACGAGGAACCGCCCCACCCCUCGGGUCACCGUCUCCAAGGACCGGCAGAGUUUCGGCCCCAUCAUGGUCUACCAGACCAAGUCGCCCGUGCCGCUCGCCUGCCCGAGCAGUUGCAUCUGCACCUCGCAGAGCUCGGACAACGGGUUGAACGUCAACUGCCAGGAGAGGAGAUUCUCGAAUAUUUCAGAUCUGCGCCCCAAACCUACCAGUCCAAAGAAACUUUAUCUUACGGGUAACUACCUGCAGAUCGUUUAUAAGAACGAUCUCGUAGAAUACGGUUCUUUGGACCUGCUGCAUUUGGGAAACAACCGGAUCGCCGUCAUUCGGGAAGGUGCCUUUACGAACCUCACCAGUUUACGCAGGCUUUAUCUGAACGGCAAUUACCUUGAAAGUCUGUACCCUUCCAUGUUCGAGGGCCUGCAGAGUUUGCAGUACCUGUACUUAGAGUACAAUGUCAUUAAGGAGAUCCGGCCCCGAACCUUCGACGCCUUGAGUAACCUCCAGCUCUUAUUUCUGAACAACAACUUGCUGAGGUCGUUGCCCGAUCGCGUGUUCGGGGGCACGGUCCUGACGAGACUGAACCUGAGGAACAACCACUUCUCCCAUCUGCCUGUCCGAGGGGUGCUAGACCAACUCCCCGCCUUCGUUCAGAUCGAUCUCCAGGAAAACCCCUGGGACUGCACGUGUGACAUCAUGGGCCUGAAGGACUGGACGGAACACGCCAACUCCCCGGUCAUCAUCAACGAAGUGACCUGCGAAUCUCCGGCCAGGCACGCGGGGGAGAUUCUGAAAUUCCUGGGGAGGGAGGCCAUCUGUCCCGAAGACCCCGGUUUGUCGGACGCCACCGUUUUAUCCGCGGAUCAGAACACGGACGUGCCCCAUUCCCUUAGCGUGUCUCCCAGCUCCUACCCGGAGAUACACACCGAGGUCCCCCUCUCCGUCUUAAUUCUCGGGUUGCUGGUCGUCUUCAUCCUGUCGGUCUGUUUCGGGGCCGGCCUGUUCGUCUUCGUCCUCAAGCGGCGGAAGGGGGUGCAGGGCGCCCCGGCCGGCGCCAACAACUUAGACGUGAGCUCCUUCCAGCUGCAGUACGGCUCUUACGGCACGGAGACCCACGAUAAAGCCGAAGGACACGUUUACAACUACAUCCCUCCCCCCGUGGGGCAGAUGUGCCAGAAUCCGAUCUACAUGCAGAAGGAAGGGGAUCCCGUGGCCUAUUACAGAAACCUUCAAGAAUUCAGUUACAGUAAUCUGGACCCCAAAAAGGAAGAGCCGGUCGCCCUUGCCUAUACGAUAAGUGCAUCCGAAUUACUGGAAAAGCCGUCCUCUCCCAGGGAACCCGAGUUGCUCUAUCAAAACGUCGCGGAGAGAGUCAAGGAGCUUCCCAGUGGCGGAGUGCUCCACUAUAACUUUUGCACCUUACCUAAAAGGCAGUUCGCACCUUCGUAUGAAUCCAGGCGCCAAAAUCAAGACAGAAUAAAUAAAACUGGUUUAUACGGAACCCCCAGAAAAUACUUUGCAGAACAGUCAAAACCUGAACACCCCUUACUCCAAGGAAAACUGCAAACAGAACCAGACUACCUCGAAGUUCUGGAAAAACAAACUGCAAUCAGUCAGCUGUGAAGGAGAAAUAAUUAAAAACCUAUUGCAUAAAACUUGAAUUGACUUCAGAAUUAUGGCAACGUGAAUAAUCGCGAUCCAUUUCACUUGCUCUUUUCGGUUUUUGUUUCUUUACUUCCCUGUGCUAACAUGGAACCUUUGAAAAUAUUUUAGUCAGGAGACUGAGUGAAGCGAUGUCUCGGCCUUGGCGAAGUUUCUUUAAAUUAUUUCUCUGUCUUUCCCCUCCCCAGUAACUAGCGGUGUAAAUGAACGUUUCUACGAUGAAUUUUGCAUAAAUCUUCUUCUUUGCAGGGGGUGGGGGAGGAUUGGGAAUUUGGAGUUAAAGGUGGGAUCAAUUAGUUAGGGAGAGAAAGGGAUAGAUUUUUUUUUUUUUUAAUGAAGGUGACAGCUUCAUGUAUUAUCAGAAGAUCUCCAAAGAUCUUUUUGGACUGAACCUUUUUUUUUUUUUUUUUUUUGUAAAUAAGAAUAUACGGUAUUUUCAUUUUGGUUACAAAGUAUAGCCACUGGGCGUCACUUUUUUUGUGUUAAAGUGCCUUUGCACUUUAAGUACAUUACUUAAAUGUUGCUUUUAGCUUUGAUAAAUUGAACAUAUUUUAAUGUGUUGUAUUUUUGAAAUUAAAAAAGUGUAAAAUAGAUCUAUAUGUCAGAUGCAUUAAAUCAAAGGAGAGUUUGCUUGAUUUAUAGACGAACCAACCCUUCAGUAAAUGAGUCUAGUUCUAGGACCUGAUAGAUUUAACUGUAAAAUAUUUCUUCUCCUCUGAGUUUGUUUUUAGUGAUCCAUUGAAGUCGACUGAAGGGAUUUAGAGAUGGACUACGGGCAAUAUAUUGCCUCAGUUGGGAUUAAUCAUUUAUUAAUAAAGGAUAUUUAACAUGAUAUAGUGAAUUGAACAAUUGAUAUCCUGCCCUAAAUCAUUACGUUGCACCACUAACAUGGCUCAGUAAAGUUCAGUGGCUUUAGAUUAUUUUCCUAAUUAGGAGACCAUUACAUAACUUGUAAUUUUUUUGGCAUUAAAUUAGUUAUUUUUAUACAUUU